UAAGAUUCUUCUUUUUUUUUAAAACGAGUCAUCCAAUUGAAUCCAUCCGUAGAAUCGGCUCACAAGCACGAACCGAGUGUAUUGCCUUUUUUCUUUAGUUAUUUUUAUUUCACUGUUGUCCUAUUUGACCUGUAGAUCUCGUGAAUGAACAACGUGAAGUAUGAAACAGUGGGUUACUGCAGCCUAAUGUGGAUAGAUACUGAGAUUCACUGAGCGGUGAAUCGAACGAAUCAAAACAUGCGCAGACCGAUUCUUUGAAAGAAUCGAAUCAGCGAAAAGAAUCACAAUAGCCAUCGGUACAGAUGAAUGGGCAGGCGGUGUUUGUUGUUACCUCAGAACGGUGAACCGAGGGAGCAGCGAGGCUUUUUUCCUGGCCUCGCUAGCUUACCCGAAAACAACAAAACCAGCCCAAAAUCAGGAAAGAAAACCCCCCACAGCCUUUUCACACGCUCUUAACCGCAACCGUCGGCGUGUUGUCUUGACAUGAAAAUGAAGUUCACCGCUUGUUCUCGGCGGCGGCGAGCUUUGAUCCAUGGAUGUCGUUUCCGCCUUUCGCUUUCAGACAGCAGCCAAGCGGAUGCGCCUCUUCCCUCUGAUGCGGUUCCAUUUUAUGGAUUCUGAUUGGACUAUGGACUAUGAGAGGCCAAAUGUCGAGACCAUCAAGUGUGUGGUUGUCGGGGACAACGCAGUGGGAAAGACCCGGCUCAUCUGUGCCCGGGCUUGCAAUGCCACCCUGACCCAGUACCAGCUGCUCGCCACACAUGUUCCCACUGUCUGGGCCAUAGACCAAUACAGAGUGUGCCAGGAGGUUCUAGAGCGAUCUCGGGAUGUGGUGGACGACGUCAGCGUGUCCUUGCGACUCUGGGACACGUUCGGGGAUCAUCACAAGGACCGUCGUUUCGCUUACGGACGGUCCGAUGUUGUGGUGCUGUGUUUCUCAAUCGCUAACCCGAACUCGCUGCACCACGUGAGGACCAUGUGGUACCCGGAAAUCAAACACUUCUGCCCCAGAGCUCCUGUCAUCCUUGUGGGUUGCCAGCUGGACCUGAGAUACGCUGACCUCGAGGCGGUGAACAGAGCCCGGCGUCCACUGGCGAGGCCCAUAAAAUCCAACGAGAUCUUGCCACCAGAGAAGGGCCGUGAAGUGGCAAAAGAGCUUGGUGUCCCAUAUUACGAGACCAGCGUGGUCGCACAGUUUGGUAUCAAGGACGUAUUCGAUAACGCUAUCCGCGCCGCGCUGAUAUCACGCCGUCACCUGCAGUUCUGGAAGUCGCACUUGCGUAACGUCCAGCGGCCUCUCCUCCAAGCCCCGUUCCUUCCUCCUAAACCGCCUCCACCCAUCAUCACGGUGCCGCCUCCCCCCAGCAGCAUGGAAGAGCACCCAGGGCGUCUACUGGAGGACCCACUGUGCGCCGACGUCAUCCUCGUGCUCCAGGAGAGCCAAAGAAUCUUUGCUCACCGUGUCUACCUCGCCACGGCCUCAUCCAAAUUCUACGACCUUUUCCUGGUCGACCACCGGACUCCCGAGGACAAAAAAGAGAAAGAGCGCGCCCGGGUGCCUCUUUCCGGCCGCGAGCUGCUGAUGCGAGCCGCCAGCUUUGACGUUUGUGAGAGCAGCGACGAAAGGGAGCGAGCGAACCUGCGCGCCUGCACCAGCGACGGGACGCUUAGAGGAGGCGAAGGAGGCCGUCUGCUGCCUGCGUUCAGCCGAGCCUUUGUCAGCGUCCGGGAGGAAAUGGUGGAUGAUCCUUUGACCUUUAACUCCAGGCCAAUGACGGUGGUGCACAUGGACUCGUCCAUGCAGCCGGGGCCGUUCCGCGCUGUUUUGCGCUAUCUCUACACAGGGAAGCUGGAUGAGCAUGAGAAGCAGCUGAUGCAGGUGGCUCAUAUCGCUGAGCUUCUGGAGGUUUUCGAUCUCCGUAUGAUGGUAGCCAACAUCCUAAAUGAUGAGGCUUUCAUGAACCAGGAGAUCACCAAGGCCUUCCACGUGAGGCGCACCAACCGGAUCAAGGAGUGCCUAGUUAAGGGGACCUUCUCGGAUGUGGUGUUCAAGCUGGAUGACGGUACAAUAAUGGCCCAUAAGCCUUUGCUCAUCUCGAGCUGCGACUGGAUGGCAGCCAUGUUUGGAGGACCGUUUGUGGAGAGCUGUACUAAAGAGGUGUUGUUUCCAAACACAACCCGUAGCUGCAUGCGGGCAGUGCUGGAGUAUCUCUACACUGGUCGCUUCUGUUCGCGCCCAGACCUGGAUGCCAUGGAGCUCAUUGUUCUUGCAAACCGUCUCUGUCUGCCUCACCUGGUCGCACUAACAGAACUGUACACUGUGACUGUGCUUAUGGAGGCUGCGAUGAUGGGAGCUGAUAUUGAUGGAGAAGUACUGGUCUAUCUGGAAAUGGCUCAGUUCCACGGUGCCCACCAGUUAGCUGGAUGGUGCCUCCACCACAUCUGCACUAAUUACAACAGCGUCUGCCGCAAGUUCCCUCGUGACAUGAAGGCUAAAUCUGCAGAGAACCAGGAAUACUUUGAGAAGCAUCGCUGGCCUCCAGUCUGGUACCUCAAGGAGGACGAUCAUUACCAGCGAGCACGCAAAGAGCGGGAGAAAGAGGACUACCUGUACCAGAAACGCCAGUGUAAGCGCAAGUGGCUCUUCUGGAAUCUUCCAUCCUCACCCUCUUCCAACUCUCCGUCCUCUCCUGGGUCCUCCGCUGUCAUGUGAUUGAUCAAGGUUGAAGGCCGUAUCGAACCGCCGUUAGAUGGAAAAGCACGCAUCAGCAGUGACAGCCGUUUUGCCAAAAAUAUACAGGUUACAUCUUCUAACUACUGAGCAGGAAUCCAUACCUGGGGGGGAAAAAAAAAAGAAGAAGGUGAGCCAAAGUGUAAGACUGUUUUUUUUUUUGUUUGUUUGUUUCGUUUUUUUCCGUGAAGCUUCAAUCCCUCGUCUGUUCACGACACGGCCGGACGAGACCCAGCAGAUAAAACGUCACAGAUCACUUCAACGUACGUCAAGUUACGUUUCUGCUUUGAAACCACGUGAAAACAUCCUGGCAAAAUGGCAGACCUUGUUUUUACAGAAGGAUUUAAGACGGUUUUUAUUAUUAUUAUUAUUAUUAUUAUUAUUAUUUUUGCUUUAUGAAUAAAUCACCAGUACCCCGGUGAUGUGCUGCAUGGACUCGCAUGCAGAUAGUUACAUUAGGAUUAUCCAGUGGCACAAAUCAGUCGUCUGGGAUCACAUGAUGUACUGGCUUGUCCCGCUCUUGCGGAACGUGAAUAGUGCCCGAACGUCCCCUGACUGUGAGUUUGACGGCGAAUUGUUUAUCAUUUUCACUAGGGUCUAUUUUUAUUUUUAUUUUUAUGAUGAUCAACAUGAUAUGAUCAUUCUGAAAAGGGCUCUCGUUUUUUUUUUGUUUGUUUGUUUGUUUUUUUCCUUGUCAUAUUUGGACCCUUUGUAAUUGUUUUGCUAGCAAAAUUGGAAGUUGAUGAUGAUAAUAGCCUUGCACCUAAUAAUAGCCUAGUCCAUUGUUCAAAAUUAUUCCGAAUGAUAAUCGAAGAAGAAGAAAAAAAAGCAGCUCUGAAUACUCACCACUGUUCGUAAUCGCAAAACGCAAGACCUCAAAGACCUGAACUCCAAGAUUCAAAAGUCCGACUUACUGGAGUCUCAACAAAAAAGUGUUGGCAUCAUCACGGCGAACUCAUGAAUGCUAACCCUCCUUCUCGAGAGGCGUCCUCCUGCAAAAGUUUAGUCCCUGCCUACUAUAUCGCAUGACAUUUUUACAUGCUCCUGAGAACCACUACAUGGAUAUUAUCUUACGGACUAAACUCUGCAAGGUGGUAGACCUCCACGGACAGGGCUCAUUCUUGCUUUAUUUUGUAAACACUGCACGUCACACACUCUCACGUGAGAUAUUCAGAUAUAUUUCCACAAUAGGCUCAUGGGCAGGCCCAUGUCUAGGCCAUUUUUAUUCGAAUGUAUUUGCAAACAGUAUUACUGUCUACUGUAGAGAGCACAUCAUGCUCAUGUCUUGAUCGUUUAAAGUACGAAUUAAGCUUUAGAGCUUUGAAGUAACUGUAGAAUGUAGAAGUACAGUACAACGCAAGCAAAAAUCUGAAAACGUUUUAUCCUCGUAUGAGGUAGCGCUAAAUACGGAGAAAAACAAGAAUUUACGAGAUGUGAAAUGCCACGACGUUACACCAAGCUUUCAAAUAGAAUGCUGUUUACAUCGCAUUAGUUGUAGUUGGAACCUGUAUGAGACGGGGAUACUCCAAGCACGAUGCAUAUUAAGUAGCUUCGAAUCGAUCCACUCGGUUUUUAAUUCUCGCCCUCUAUUUAUUCCUAGCGAUAACUGAUCUGCUUAUGAUGCUGAUUACUACUCAUAGUCAUAGAAAGUCAAAGCUAUAUAAAUAUUCGUUUAUUGCAAACCUAGUGGUGCAGAUGUCUUUUCAGUGGUACAUACUUGGGUAUUCAUACAUAUCUGCCGAGUAUAUUCUAAUAAUGUGAUCUUUGCAGUAUCUGUGAGAUAAAAAUUCAGUUUGGGAAAUGUUAUUUUAUUACUUCAGACCUUCAGAGGAUGAAUGAACAGAGACUGUAUUUAGAGAGAUUUGCGCACGGGAUUACUACGUUUCAAGAAAUCAAGGUGGUAGGCACCAGCACAAACUUUGUUUACAUCAAUAAACCUUCAAUUUUUGGAAAGUAACGUCAAGAUACACAGCGUUCUCCAUACAGUGGUAGAACCGGUUUGCGCCAAGAAUUUAAACCGAAUCGAACGCCUUUUCCGAGAUUCUAGGUACCAGUGAUAAAUUCAGGAAGCGUUACACUGGACUUACCUAUCUGUCCCAAGUUGAAGAUUGAAGUAACCUCUCGUACUAGCCUUUGGACUUAAUCACUUUGGGCUAUAUUUGGUCAACAUCUGGACUUGAUGGCUAGUAUCUGCAAGGCAAACCAGAUGUUCGGCUUUGGGGAAUGUAUACAAUAACCACCUCCCGUUGGCAUGUUUCUUCAUCUAGAACCUAUGUUCCUCUAUAGAAGGGGUGUCAGACAUUGUAUUUAAUCCAAUGUCCAGGAGAAAAAAGUUUGUGAUUGCAGAAGUAUUCACCCCCCGUUUGUUUUUGUUGUUGUUGUUUUUGUUGUUGUUGGUUUUUUUUUCAGCAUGACAACGAAGAAUUAUAUAUCAUUUGCACAUUUUCUCCGUAGCUAAGGUUACUGUGUUUAUUGCUCUAUUUUGCCCCCUAGUGGAAUAACAAAUGGAAUGUUUCAGUUCAAUUACUGUCCACAAGCCCAUUCAAGAACCAUAUAUUUGACACCACUGCUCUGUAGUCAGAUUACGGCUUGAACUCUGCUCUCUAAUGCUGCAUUUGUCUAAAACUCGUAAUCCGGAAUUUCUGACCAGUUAGGGAAAAAAAACAAAGAAAAUGCCCCUCAGCUCGGAAUUCCUACUCGUCAGUUUCCUCAACCUCGAGUUCAGCGGGUCCCGUCAAAUCAACAGAGCUGCUUACAGAAUGAACACUAACCAAUGUCGUACUUCUUACCUUUAAAUAUACAAAUUUAUUCUGUAUAUACAAGUAACAUUGACUAUACAGAUUACUGUUUUGAGCAGGAGAAUAUAUAUCACUCAUCACAGUUAGAUGGCUUGCUAACAAAAUGCCGACAUGGAGGCAGCUGUGUUUUUCGUCACUGUUUUGUAGCUCAAACGCACGGAGACUGAAAAUGAUGUGGUUCUGAGGUGCAUUGAAUGUAGUGUUAAACUAGAUGGAGAAACUCAUCUAUGGAGAACCACCAACCUCAAGUGAUUCAGAGUACCUUUACAGGUUCUGUACACUACGGAUGGCUGCCACAAUUCCACUUUUAUACAAUACUAAUGGGUACACGGGAUAGCUGCCCUCAAUUCCACCCUACUUCCUGAGGAACUGUUAGUCAUCAUACUGUCUGUGAUAGAGUAUGGUUAAUAACAUGCCAAGCCUCAUUUUAAAAAGAUCUGUCCUGAAUAUCUCUCUUUUGGGGUUGUUAGAAUACAUUCAAAAAUACUGACCCAUUCAUAUUCAACCUUUAUACAUUUCUAAAACACUGGGGAAAAAGACAAAGUCUUUCGCUGUGUUGGAACUUCUAAACGAUUAACAUGAGCUAAAUUUGAGAAACUGAUCAUCUGGGUGGGGUUAAAAGUUAGGUUGGAGUAUCAGGGUUCAGGGGGUAUCAGAGAUACCAAUUCCAAAGUACAGUUUUAUAGAAAUCAAGGCAUAGUGCAAAGACUGUAACAUAUAAUUUGUCAAAGGAAGUGGUUAGGCAUGUGCAAAUACAAAUGGACUUCAUUAUCCAUCACAUGUACAGUACUGCGAAAAAGUCUUAGGCAGCCUAUUUAUUUAUUUUUUUUAGUACUAACUUUGCUAUAGAUGUUUAUUUUAUGACUUCUACAUUAUCGAGUAAAACAUUUUAGAUUCGCACGGUGGCUUAGUGGUUAGCACGUUCGCCUCACAGGGGGGUCAGGGGUUCGAUUCCUAACGUGGCCCUGUGUGUGUGGAGUUUGCAUGUUCUCCCCGUGCUGCGGGGGUUUUCUCCCCCAGUCCGAAGACAUGCAUGGUAGGCUGAUUGGCAUGUCCAGAAUGUCCAUAGUGUAUGAAUGUGUAUGUGAUUGUGCUCUGCGAUAGUCUCCAGGUUCCCUGUGACCCUGAAAAGGAUUAAGCGGUAUAGAAGAUGGAUGGACAUUUUAGAUUUCCAAACAUUAGUUUUCCAGCACAAAAUUAAACGUUACAGGAAAGCAUGUGUAUGUCAGUAAAGAAAGCAGUAUAUUAAGUGGUAAGAGACCACUUUUCAGACAAAAAACAUAAUGAACGCUGCUGGAUUUUUCUGCACAAAUAAGAAGCAAGUGCGACAACCAAAGUCUCCAGGAGAACUGUAAGCUCAGUAACACUUCCAGCUCACUUCCUUAUGAAACUCCACUAAUUCUACCUGAAGCUACUAUUUAUUUACUAUUUAUUUCCGUUGUUUCAUUAAUUACUGUUUACUGCUCUUUAUAGUAUUUUUUAAAAUGAAGAAACAUUUAAUUUCAUUCUUUUUGAAGGCAUUUCUUUGCAUGCGCCUAAGACCUUUGCCCAGUACUCUAUGUCUACGUUUCAUUGGGAUGUCCAACCAUGAUGACGAAUCCACAAGAAAAACGUUUCUUUCAAAAUCCAGCGUGUUACAUUUCUUCAUUUGUCAUCGAUAAACUCUUGAGUGAAGUACCAUGUUAUUACAUAAACAUUUUUUUUUUGUUUCUGUAUAUAAAAAAAAAGAAAGUGUUAGAGCUGUUCUUCUGGUUAGGGCUCUGUGAUUAUAACAGAAACCAACUGUUGUUUUUAUGAUUGUUAUUGUGCUAGUGAUGUCUUAAUGUGCUAAACAGAGAUGUCCGUCAACGAGUAGGAAUGAGUGUAAUUCCGCAGAUCUCUCAAAACGUUUGUUUAUAAGAAAUACUUAAUUGUUUUGCAGCAGGUGUGGUACUGAAAUAAGUGCACAGUCAGCUUUUAUUGACCGUAAUUGUAUACGUGAUUAAUUGUGAAGGUUGACCUAGUUACAUCUUGUAAUCUCUGAGACUAUUACAGAUUAAAAAAAAUACAAACUGAACUUGUACAUAAUUAAACACCACAAUGUAUAUACAUAUAUUUUUCAUGAAUCUCAGAGGAUUUUUUUUGUUGUUGUUGUUGGAGGUGGGAUGUCAACAGUCCAUCAGAUAUCAAUGGAAACUUUUUUUUUUUUUUUUAAUUUCCUUUUUUUAGCGAGAGAUUUAAAUUCAUUUGAUCUUACAGCUUUUCAAGAUCCUUUCUAAGCUCCAAGUAUUAGGGAGCCGAUGCUUACUGUUUAUGUACUAACAAAAUUAACGCAACAAUUGUAAAACGUUUUCGUUGGACGACAACAACGGUUUAGACCAGGUAAACACAUUUAGGAAUUUCUCAGUAAGUCAGCUGAAUCCAUAUCUGCUGCUGCAGUUGAGACACCCCAUGCCUUAAUGUAAAUGGUUCUCUUUUACAGUAAAGGGUUCUUUUCACUCUAUGCUGUACGUGUUUGUACUGAAACAUGGUGAAACUUUGUAAGUACCAAACAUGUUGCACACUGUAUAUCUAUUCAUCAUGUACUAGCAUCCAUACUACUAUAGCUUUGGGCCAUAGUGUGUGUUUUUGAUUGCUUUAUUAGUCGGCUUUAUUUCAAACAAAACAAAACAAAAACGCUCUUUAGAGAGAAUGCCGUUGUGAUCGAAAGGUACCAUUGUUAAAAGCCUUUAAGGCCUUAGAAAUUAGCAAAUGCCUUUUGCUGCUUCAUCCACCCCCAUGACAGCCCACGGCCCGUAAAAUCAAUGCAGGGAAUUCCACUUCUAAUUUCUCUUUCAUUAUUACUGACUCACUGAAAUGCUAUUUAACACUCCAUAGAUGCUGCAUAUCUAUAUGUUAAUAUAUACCCAGCAUAUAUAUAUAUGUGUAUAUAUAUAUAUAUAUAUAUAUAUAUAUAUAUAUAUAUAUAUAUAUAUAUAUCGAGCGGGUAACGGGAGUGUGUUAAGACUAGAAACAUAUUAUGUGCAUGUAAUAGACUUCUUGAAUGAAUGUUUAGCAUCUAACACUGCUUUACAUUUGAAUAUAAACAGUAAAAAUAAAUGCUAGCAGAUAGUUGAGCACUAUGCAGUAUAACAGGUUACUAAAUAUUAUCUACUGCACUCUGAUGCAGGUUUAGACAUUAAGACACGCUCUGACUAUAAACAUCGAUUAUAUUAAAACCAGAAUGUGUAAAAAGAGCAAAAUCCUGAAAUGUUUCCCGUGUUCUCGGUGCUAACAUACCACCACUACGAAGAAGCACAAACCAAAGGGAAAACGAGCUCCCCCAAGAGAUGUGUUUUUGCUGCACAAUCACAACUAGUUGCUCUGUCAAGGAGUCACCGAUGUUAAAUGGUUGAAUGCAAAACUUGAAUGUUUUCUCAGUAUUAGCUAGCUGAUACUGACUUUUUUUUUUAUUUGGUGUGUGGUUUAAAUUGGGGGUGGGGGUGGGGGUGGUUUGUACCUUGAAGAAAUGGAUAUCUGACAUUGUAGCAUGUAUUCUGCUGUAAAUAGUGUUGAUUUAAUAAAUCCUAAUUGGAAAAAUGGUGUUCUCCGGUUUUAUUUCUCAGCUCGUUUUGAUUGGUCAGAAAGUGCUGAUUCAUUUCCUAUAACAGCAGCUCUAUAAAUAGUGCAGGCUGUAACCCAAAUCACAGGUUUAUAUUAAUGCGCAUGCUCAAAUGCUUUAUUGUUUCUAUAGUAACAACUAUAUUUCACAAGGACUUGAAUGGCGCACGCUCUACAGUACUGUACAUAAUCUAAGACUAAUAAUAAAAAAAAAAAGAUUUAAAAAGAAAACAUGCUGUUCUUUCACCGAAAGUACAACGGAUAUGGUGGAAUUUUCUG